GUAACAACUAACAACCACCAAAAUGUCUAUUCGCUCUCACGCUCUCUACUCGCUCGUACACAGAAGUCAAUUCGCUUUAACUCGCCAAUUCAAAGCUCUUUGUUGUUAGCCCACAGACAGAUCGACCGCUCUCUAGCAGGUUUCAAGCAGACCCAUCUUCAUAUCCUUCAUACUCUACCGUCUCUUGCUUCAUUACCCAAAUACUAGCAGAUAUGGGCGAUGAUGCCAAGGUUUUCACUCUCGCUCAAGUGUCCGAGCACAACGAUUCCAAGGACUGCUGGCUCAUAAUAGACGGAAAGGUCUAUGACGUGACAAAAUUUUUGGAUGAUCAUCCUGGUGGUGAUGAGGUCUUGUUGUCAGCAACUGGGAAAGAUGCAACUGAUGACUUUGAGGAUGUUGGUCAUAGUACUAGUGCCAGAGAAAUGAUGGAUCAGUUCUUUGUUGGAGAUGUUGACGUCUCAACAAUUCCCAAGAAGACCACUUACGCACCGCCAAAGCAGCCUCACUACAAUCAGGACAAGACCUCCGACUUCAUCAUCAAGCUCCUGCAGUUCCUUGUUCCCCUUGCGAUCUUGGGUUUGGCUCUCGGCAUCCGCUUCUACACCAAAUCCACUUAAGAAGGAAAGUGAUGGCACAGCAUCGUACGAUCUUGCGUAGAUGACUUGAAGUUGGUUUAUGGUGCCUUAUUAUGCAGGACAAAUACUGAAGAAUGGGUCUAUCGCCACUUAAUUAUCAGAAUCUGAUCUAGUCAAGUUUUGAUAAUGUUAGCUUGCAUGUAUGAAUCUCAUGUUCCGAUGAAGGUAAUACCCAAUAUGAUACUGAUCACUAGUAGAACUGCAUUGAAGGGGAUGGAAGAUUGCUUCUCUCUAUCAGGCCUGUUUUUCUUUGGCUUU